GAGCGGACCGCCGUCCGGCGCUGAGUGGGCCGCUGACCGGCGCUGAGCGGGCCGCUGACCGGCGCUGAGCGGGCAGCUGACCGUCCCGCCGCGCAGCCAUGCUGGGCACCCUGCUGCUGGUGCUGCUCUGCGUGCUGCUGGGCGUCGUGCUCACGCUGGUCGUGCAGUACUAUGUGCUCGAAAACUACUUCGAGAGCCUGCCCAUUGUCGGGCCCACCGACAAGCCAACCGUCACGCAGCCGCGUCUGCCCGAGGAGCUGGCUGACGAGGUGCGCAAGGAGACCUACCAGCGGAAGGAGACCUGCCUGGCCAUCAACCUGCUGGUGCAGAUGUUGUUCGGCGACCUGGUGCACACGCCGCGCCUCCGGCUCUGGGUCCUCAACAAGAUCCACCUGGAGUUCCAGGAGCUGAUGGCCCGCACCAGCGUCGGCAAGCUCUUCCACAACAUCAGGAUCAACGAGCUGGACCUGGGCGGUCAGAUGCCCGUGUUCAAGAGCGUGACGACGCAGUACGUGUCGCUGCACCCGGUCACCCAGACCAUCGAGCAGCUGGACCUCAAAGUGGACGUCGAAUACAACGGCGGCCUCAAGCUCAGCAUCCUGGCAGACAUCGUCCUCAGUCGCAAGGGCUUCGUCUUCCUCAAAAUUAACCGUCUGUCGGGUCAGGUGCUGCUGCGCUUCUGCCGGCGGCCGUUCUCGCACUGGGCGUACAGCUUCAUCGGCGACCCGACUAUCGAGGUGGAGGCCGAGAGCCAGUUCCAGGGCCGGCCGCUGCCGCGCGUCACCGCCGUCAUCGUGCGGCAGAUAAAGCGCACGCUGCGUAAGCGGCACACACUGCCCAACUACAAGCUGCGCUACAAGCCUUUCUUCACGUCCCGGCUGCAGCAGCUGUCGCCGGAGCCGCCGGAGACGCCGCCGGGAGGCCAGCUGGAGGUGACACUGAAACGGCUCUCCCGGCUGCGGCCCAGCGGGCAGCUGUCGCACGUCUACUGCCGGCUGGCCGUGGGCUCUGAGCCGCUGCUACUGGACACGUCUCACGUGCAGUGGACCCAGGAGUCGAUCCCGGUGCCGGCCCACCCGGGCCUGGCCGUCGGUCUGCUCGUGCGAGACACCUUCGUCAUGGAGAAACAGUGCAACUGCAUCACCGUGUUCAUAGUGGUGCACAACGCGCCCGCCUACAAGGCAGGCCUCAAAGCCGGCGACAUCGUCGACUCGGUGGACGGGGAGCCGGUGCGGGACCUGGCCACCGCCAACCGACUGCUGCGACAGCCGCACCGCGACAUCACCGUGCGCGUGCUGCGCAUGACGGAGACCAAGUUCAGCUCCCGGCGAGCGGCCACCGUGUCCAGCUCUCGGCCCGCCACGCGGCCGCCGCCACCGACCCCGGAGCGCCGGCUGCACAGCUCCGUCUCUGAGUCGCUGCUGACCGACGACUCGCCGGUGCGCCGGCGCCGCGGCACGCGCAGCGUCUGCGCCCCCAGCCCAGUUGGUGACCGGGAGGACAGCAGCUCCGAGAUCAGCCUGCCCGCCGCCAUACAGAACUGUAUCUCCGACCAGGAGAAGGCCACCAAACUGGUGCGAUGGAACGAG